AUGGUUGCUGGGGAGCCUCCUACGCUCAGUCAGAAAGUCAAACGCGUGGUCUCCCAGGAGUUAUGUGCUCUCUUCCUGCAGCUGCAGCAGAUGUACAAGCCAGUUUGCGUGAUUCAGGCUUCACCGGAAGAAGCAGCAGUUCUGGAAUUUGCUAGCCAAGUCGGGCAGGAGCUGACAGCUUGGGCUGCUUACCUACGGGAAGCAUCGGAAGCAUCUGAUUCGGCAGCUGCAGUGGACUUGGUUGCUAGGGCGCAACAGCUGAUUUGGGCAAACAUUCAGGAAUUGACCGGGCUGACAGGGCAAUUCAGCAAUGCGGCAAAGGUGUUGCUUGAAGGCUGUUCAAAGCGAGCAGCAGGACCCGUUGCGCGUACUCUGAGCGGAUUCCCGCCCUUGGAGACGCCAAGCUGCUUCAUGGUUGCUGGGGAGCCUCCUACGCUCAGUCAGAAAGUAAAAAGCGUGGUCUCCCAGGAGUUAUGUGCUCUCUUCCUGCAGCUGCAGCAGAUGUACAAGCCAGUUUGCGUGAUUCAGGCUUCACCGGAAGAAGCAGCAGUUCUGGAAUUUGCUAGCCAAGUCGGGCAGGAGCUGACAGCUUGGGCUGCUUACCUACGGGAAGCAUCGGAAGCAUCUGAUUCGGCAGCUGCAGUGGACUUGGUUGCUAGGGCGCAACAGCUGAUUUGGGCAAACAUUCAGGAAUUGACCGGGCUGACAGGGCAAUUCAGCAAUGCGGCAAAGGUGUUGCUUGAAGGCUGUUCAAAGCGAGCAGCAGGACCCGUUGCCCGUACUCUGAGCGGAUUCCCGCCCUUGGAGACACCAAGCUGCUUCAUGGUUGCUGGGGAGCCUCCUAUGCUCAGUCAGAAAGUACAAAGCGUGGUCUCCCAGGAGUUAUGUGCUCUCUUCCUGCAGCUGCAGCAGAUGUACAAGCCAGUUUGCGUGAUUCAGGCUUCACCGGAAGAAGCAGCAGUUCUGGAAUUUGCUUGCCAAGUCGGGCAGGAGCUGACAGCUUGGGCUGCUUACCUACGGGAAGCAUCGGAAGCAUCUGAUUCGGCAGCUGCAGUGGACUUGGUUGCUAGGGCGCAACAGCUGAUUUGGGCAAACAUUCAGGAAUUGACCGGGCUGACAGGGCAAUUCAGCAAUGCGGCAAAGGUGUUGCUUGAAGGCUGUUCAAAGCGAGCAGCAGGACCCGUUGCGCGUACUCUGAGCGGAUUCCCGCCCUUGGAGACACCAAGCUGCUUCAUGGUUGCUGGGGAGCCUCCUACGCUCAGUCAUCAGAAAGUCAAGCGCGUGGUCUCCCAGGAAUUAUGUGCUCUCUUCCUGCAGCUGCAGCAGAUGUACAAGCCAGUUUCCGUGAUUCAGGCUUCACCGGAAGAAGCAGCAGUUCUGGAAUUUGCUAGCCAAGUCGGGCAGGAGCUGACAGCUUGGGCUGCUUACCUACGUGAAGCACCGGAAGCAUCUGAUUCGGCAGCUGCAGUGGACUUGGUUGCUAGGGCGCAACAGCUGAUUUGGGCAAACAUUCAGAAAUUGACCGGGCUGACAGGGCAAUUCAGCAAUGCGGCAAAGGUGUUGCUUGAAGGCUGUUCAAAGCGAGCGGCAGGACCGGUUGCCCGUACUCUGAGCGGAUUCCCGCCCUUGCAGACACCAAGCUGCUUCAUGGUAGCUGAGGAGUCUCCCACACCCAGUCAGAAAGUCAAACGCGUGGUCUCCCAGGAGUUGAAUGAACUGUUCCUGCAGCUACAGGAGAUGUACAAGGGCUGUUUGUUGCAGCCCACAGAGGAAGAGGAAAGCUUGUUAGAUUAUGCAGCCCAGAUUGAGCACGAGCUUUUAGGAUGCUCGCUGCCAAGCGAUGUGCUGGACGGAGGUGUUGACUUCGCCAAGAUUUCGGCGGAAAUGGUCUCAGGGGCACGGAGGCAGAUUUGGGCGGAGAUUGUGAAGCGUGACUCCACGAACGCUGCGAAGAUUCUAUUCAGCCGGCAAAAGAAUCACUCAGAGUCGCAGAAGUCACAGGAGUCACCAGAGACGCAUGUUCCGCAGGUGCCAGUGUACCACAAGCACACUUCGGUGAGCGGCUUCCCGGUGUUCCUCUUCCCCUUUGAAGCCGAAAAGCCAUCCAAAGGCCCUCUGCAACAAGUGCGGCUUGCAGCCUCGCAGUACGUGCAGUCAGAGUUCGGCGCCCUAGCAAGCAAGUCGGACUUGAAGUACAUCCAGGCAGCAAUGAACGAGUCCGUGGUUACCCACACGCUUCGGUCGGACCCGACAGUGAGCUGCAGAAUGGAGGUUGAUCGGGAGGACCAUGGCUUGGCAGCGAUGGACGACAUUUUGGUGGGCCCUGGCUUCGAUGGCUUGAAUCGGGUCAAGGGCUUGGGCUCCGUUCUGACGGUCUACGCGGUGAAAGAGCCGGGCAAGGAAGGCCUGGAGGUGCGGCGCUUGGCGGUGGGCCCCGUGGUGCCGUCCGAGAAGGCCACCAGUGGGAUGACCUACAACUUCAUUAGAAAUGUGGAGUUCUUUGACGAGGACACGGAGGAGGAAAAUCUGACUGCGUUUCUUGACAGCGUGGGGGUGGAGCUCCCAGCCGACCCUGUGGAGCGCAAGAAGGUGCUGGUGAAGCUCUACACUUCAAACAAAAUCUACCCCAGGCUCAACAAGGCGAUGUACACAGAUGAUGCUGAAGAACUCAGGCGACAUGCGCCGUACAUUCGGGCUUUGCGAGGGGUUUUCAAGCGAGGGCAGAGCGACCCAUUGCCUGGCUUCAACUUCUUCAUUGGCUCGGCAAAAAAACUCGUGAAAAGAUGCGAGCUCACCAAGGAACAAGCCGAAGUCUACCAAAUCAACCAGAAAGUUUGCUGGCCGGCCUUCUUUUCCACCAGCGAGGCGGACAAGGGCGGAAAUGAUGCUUUUACUGGCUUGACGUUCUGCAUCCGCUGCCGGGACAGCACAGAAGACCCAAACGAAAUACAGGGGUACUUUCCAGCAUCUAUCAAGCCAUGGUCUUGCUUCCCGGAUGAGAAUGAAGUGCUGAUCCCCCCUCAUUACAUGUUACGGGUCCACAACAUCAAUUACAACAAACAGCCUGCCAACCCAAAGAAGUGGGUUAUCGAGCUAGAGCUCGCCGAUUUGCCCCCGGUCUGGGACAUCAUCACCCAGAAGAACUGGCAAGAAUUCAAAACCUGGGCCCAAGCGCAUCCCGACUUGGUAGACACAUCGAAAUCCCACAGCUCCAUCAUCAAUGAAGUGGUGAGCAGCCUGGCAGCCGAACCGAACGAGACCGGCGUGGAUCCUUUGAAGGUUUGCUUGGAUCACGGCGCCCUACCCAAUGAGAUUGACAUGCAGACUGGAAACACGCCACUGACGACCGUCGCGCUACAAUGCCUGGAAAGCGGGAAGACAGAACAGGCUUUAGCUGUACUUGAAUCCCUUCUACUGGCAGGCGCAAAUCCGUACAUCAAGGCUGGCCCACACGAGGAGUCCUUUGAGCAGCUGAUGCCCGAGAUUGAUUUGCGCCUCUUGAAUUGUGUGAUGGGCUGGCAGUACUGGGUUGAUGAUGGCGUGGAUGGGAAGGAAGAUGGCUGGUAUCUGUGGUCUGAGGAUGGCUCAGCCAUGUUAGAGCAUGCUUUCCAAGAAUGGCUCAACAGUGGACAUGAGGGAAGGAGCAAGCUUUUAGGCGUUCGGAGCGACUAUUUCUCAUAUAACGUGGACUUCCUCCACAUGAAGCAAGCCAACACUUCAACCGGAACAAAGCGCAAGAUCCGGAGAUACCGACGAAGGUCCAUCCCUUUGUCGCAUGAUCAACUUCGGGCAUUAUCCGAAGCAAAGCUCAGGCAAGAGCUGACACUUCUGCAGAAGCUCCUCAUGCGAGCAGCCGUCGAUGGAUUGCAGCAAGCCACGUGUCAUUUGCAAGAUGCUGCGGACAUGCUGUCCAGCUUGUCCCAGAUGGUCUCUGCGACUGAAAUCUCUGCAGUCAGCAGUGAGUAUGAGAAGCUGGUGCUGGGAGACCUCGAAGAUGAAGCCAAAGAGACCAAAGAGACCAAAGAGGCCAAGGCGAGCCUUCUGAACCUGCAGGAGGCUUGCGACUUGAACUGGGACACGCGAGAGAAGGUGACCGAGGUUGUGAAGCAUUUGCGGGAUGACCCUCAUGUGAAGCUGGCAGACGAUUUGGUUGAGGGAGCUGAAGCCUUUGUGACGAGCAACAAUGUAUUCCAGAGAGAUGGGAUUACGCAUGCAGGAUUUCGGGCCAGCCUAUCUUGGCAGAAUGGUGAAAAACGAACAGACUUGGAUAUGUGCAUGACUUGCCCAGAAUGCAAUAUGCAGGUUUACCACGAAGAAAAAGAGUGUGGGUGCACAGAAGAUAAGCUAUGCAGGUUAAACUUGGACAUUGACGACCGAGGGACACCCCACAAGAGUUCCGAGGAGAACUUGUACAUGCAGGAGCCGGGUCCAUUUAGAUACAAGCUCGAAGUGGAGCUCUACUCCGGCCCGCCUGUUCCCUUCCGGUUGCAAGUUCAUCGACCCGGGCAGGCGCUCAGAGUCUACCGUGUUGCGCCUCACACUACGCCGCGUAGUGGAGGAAGGAUCGUUAUCUUUGAGGCAAGUGUUGCUGAAGGCAUCAUGCACCUCGAGUCUUGCCUUGAACAUUUGGAUGUAAUGUUGAGCACUGAUUAA